GACUACGGUUCAACCGGGUUGUACAAAUAAAUCGGAUGUAACACGUUUGAAAAGUUACACCAUCAUCUUUUUGUCUCGAUUAUCAUAUUGUAUUAAUCUAUCCUCCGUGUAAAUUCCGAUUGCUAUCACUUGCUUUCGUUAUUAGAUAUAACACCGUACAAUUUACGUAUUUGUUUUAACUAUGAAAAAAUGACAGAAACUGCUGAAUCAUUAUCAGAACAAAAAUCAUUCGAUCCAUUUAUUCCAUGGGGUUUUCCAAAUGAGUUAAAUUUAUGCAAUGCAGCACGUCAUGCUGAUAUAAAAGCUGUAAGCAAGUCUAUUGCAAAUGGAGUGAAUAUAAACUUUAUUGAUGGUUUUGGUAAAACAGCAUUACACUAUGCAGCUGCAAAUGGAAGUUAUGAAUCAGUGAAACUUCUUGUCGCUAAUAAAGCGAAUGUAAAUAUAUGGGAUUCAAAUGGAACUACACCAUUACAUAUGGCCGCUAAAGGAAAUCAUACAAGAGUAGUGAAAUUUUUACUUAUGUCUGGGGCAGAUAUUAAUCAUCAAUGUGUUAGUGGCGUCAAACCAAUCGAUUUAGCAAUUUAUAAUUCCGAAACUUGGAAGGUUUUAUUGGACGCUGCAAACGGUGAUCUACCUAAAAUUGAACAUUUAAUACAAACACGUACAGUUCCUCUUAUUCCCCAAUUCGCAAUACAAAGAGAAAUUGAUAAACAAGCUAAGGCAAAUGAAAAGAAAGGUGGAACGAAGAAAAGUGGAAAGAAGAGUGGGAAAGGCAAAAAGAAGAAAUGAACAAUUUGUCCAACAUUAUUUGAAAAUUUAAAUCACUUCUACUGUCUUCUUUACAUACAUAAAUACAUUAUAUACUUGUACAACAUGGCAUACAUAUAAAUAAAAUCUAUUAUUAUAAAUUUAUGAUAUGAGCACUAAAUAAAGUAGAAAAGAAAACAAUCAAGUCAUGAAUGGCAGAAAUACAGAAAAAUAUGUGCAUAUGGAGGGCUAAUGAGUAAAUAAACGUCAAGAAUUACUCUCACGUUUACAACUGUUGUUACGAUUAUUUAUUGUAAAAAUGUUCUAAUAUAAAAACUCGAACAUCAAAAUAUGUAA